CGAAACUCGGAAUCCCGUCCGUCCUCGAUCAUCGUCAGUCGUCGUCAUCGUUACUGUGGAAAUCAGACAGGUGAAAGGACGGCGGUCUCCGCAAGCGAGCGACGACGUGCCAGGCGGAGAAGCAGCACCGAGCAUGAAUGACGCCAACGCCAUCGAAGUCGCCGGAGUUCCGACUUCGGCUCUCAACUGUAUAGAUCUCUCGAGUUCGGAUAUUCAACAGUCGGUGUCUCUGCUCAAACAGGCGUGCUUGGAUUCUGGCUUUUUCUACGUGAUCAAUCAUGGAAUCAGCCAGGAUUUGAUGGAGGAGGUCUUCGUCCAGAGCAGGCGGUUCUUCGGUUUGCCUUUGAGCGAGAAGAUGAAGCUGUUGAGGAACGAGAAGCACCGAGGCUAUACUCCUUUGUUCGAUCAGGUCCUCGAUCCUGCAAAUCAGAUUCACGGAGAUUAUAAGGAGGGAUACUACAUAGGAGUGGAGUUACCAGAGGAAGAUUCUGGUGCACAGAAGCCUCAUUUUGGACCAAACCUAUGGCCUUCUGAGGAUGUAUUGCCAAGAUGGAGGCAGGCGAUGGAACAAUUUGGUAGUCAAGCAUUAAAUGUGGCAAAAGUAGUGGCAAGGAUCAUUGCUCUAGCACUUGAUCUAGAGGCUGAUUUUUUUGACAAGCCAGAAAUACUCGGCAAGCCUUUUCCGAUCUUGCGCUUGUUGCACUAUGAAGGUUUGAUCUCUGAUCCCUCUAAAGGAAUAUACGGAGCUGGGGCACAUUCGGACUUUGGGUUUAUUACCUUGUUGGCAACAGAUGAUGUCCUGGGUCUCCAAAUUUGCAAGAACAAGGAUGCUAAACCUCAGGCAUGGGAAUAUGUGCAACCUUUGAAAGGAGCAUUCAUAGUGAAUCUUGGUGAUAUGCUAGAACGAUGGAGCAAUUGUAUUUUCAGGUCCACUCUCCAUCGAGUUAUAGGGAAUGGUCAAGAACGAUAUUCUAUUGCUUUUUUCCUGGACCCAAACCAUGAUUGUCUCAUCGAGUGCUUGCCAACAUGUAUGUCAGAGGAAAAUCCUCCCAAGUUUCCUCCCAUCUUAUGUCAGACCUACUUGGCCCAAAGAUACUACGAUACUCAUGCUGAUUUAGAUGUAUACAGAAGCGAAGGAGCUUAGAGUUUGCCUGUGUGGAGCUGGAGCCUGUCAACCAGCACUUGCUUGAAGCGGGGGUAUGCUUUGAGAACUCGUAAAGAUGUGCACGAUGAGCCUAGAGGCGCAUCAAAUGGGGUACAUGCAUGUAUAUACGUAUUCAUAUACAACUAAUAAUCUGCCCAUGUUUAUGCAUGGAAUUAAUUGGUCAGUGGCUUCAGCCUUACUU